AUGGCGCUCCGCUCCGCCCUCGCCGCGGCCCUGGCCCUCUCCCCCUUCAUUGGGACCGUCGCAGCCCAUGGCAGCCACACGACCGACGAAAUUGCCGCAGAGAUCGCCCUCCGCGAUGUCGUCACCGUCCACGGCAAGCGCGCUCUGGACGCCUGCUCCAACUCUCCCGCCGCCCUGGCCCUCAAGCAGCGCGCCCUCGAGCGCCGCGCCAACACGGCCCAGAUGCUCCGCGAGAAGCGCGGCCUCACCGACCAGAAGAUGCACCAGAAGCGCGCCCAGGCCGACCUUGUCAAGUGGGCCGCCGUCGACCACGAGUCCACCGAGGCCUACAACCUCGACACCCCUCUCGAGGAGAUCUUUGGUUCCAACGCCACCUGCGCCCUCGUCCCCUUGACCACCAUCGGCCCUUACUACGUCGAGGGUGAGCUCAUCCGCGUCGACACCACCGACGGCCAGGCCGGCGUCCCCGUCCACCUCGACAUUCAGUUCGUCGACAUCAACGACUGCACCGCCGUCCCCGAGCAAAUCAUUGACGCCUGGGCCUGCAACGCCACCGGCGUCUACUCGGGCGUCUCCGCCCGGGGCCAGGGCGGCCUCAACACCACCCACGGCCGCGGCGUCCAAAAGUCCGACUCGGACGGCGUCGUCCAGUUCGACUACGUCUUCCCGGGCCACUACACCGGCCGCGCCACCCACAUCCACAUCAUGUCCACCGACGGCGCCACCAUCCUCCCCAACGGCACCUUCGAGGGCGGCACCGCCCGCAACAUUGGCCAGCUCUUCUUCGACCAGGACCUCAUCUCCGAGGUCGAGACCCUGGCCCCCUACACCAGCAACACCCAGACCCUCACGACCAACCUCCAGGACGGCAUCGCCGCCGGCGAGGCCACCGCCCUCUACGACCCCUUCCUCAAGUACGUCCGCCUCGGCGAGGAUCUCAACGACGGCCUUCUCAUGUGGAUCACCAUCGGCAUCGACACCACAGCCGACUACAGCGACGAGGUCCGCGCUGCCGCGCACUACUACGAGGGCGGCGGUGUCGACCAGAGCAGCGGCGGCGACGGCCCCGGUGGCCCACCUCCCAAUGGUACCUUCCCUACCGGUGCUCCCCCGGGUGCCCCGCCCACCUCUACCCCGUCUGCUUAA